CAUUGUCUGCCAGCCAUUCACUCCGCCUGAUUAUGCAGGAGGGUUAGGGAAAGGCUCCAUGUGACCCUCUUGGAUGGGACUCCGCAGCUGCUCGAGGAGCCAAACUCUCUCACCAAACUCUGCGCCCCAGAGCAUCCCCCUGCCAAGGGGUACCCCUCCUGCUCCCGUUGAAAAGCCGGCGUCCACACACCGCCGCGUCACUCUGCGGGCGGAGAUACGCCUGUGCUCGUCCUCCCGCCGCUGUCACUCCGGCCCCCUUAAGUAGUUGGGGUUCCCGAGCGCUCACACCCAGAGGCAGCGAUGCAAAGCAGCAGGGCUCCGGCCAUCAGCGUGAGCGCGGAGAGCUGCAUCCCGGCGGGGCUGCGCCUGGGUCCUGUGCCGGGCAUCUUCAAACUGGGCAAGUACCUCUCAGACCGCAGGGAGCCAGGACCCAAAAAAAAGGUGCGGAUGGUGAGAGGGGAAUUAGUGGAUGAAGCCGGGAGCUCAGCUCUGGAGUGGAUAGGGUUAAUCCGGGCUGCCCGAAACUCCCAAGAGCAAACACUGGAGGCUGUUGCGGAUCUGCCAGGAGGACAGAAGUUUCCUUUCUCCCCCUCCCAGAUUUUCUACCGGGCACUGCGAGAUGUCCAGCCGGGAGAGGAGCUCACCGUCUGGUACUCCAACCCCUUGGCGCAGUGGUUUGACAUCCCCGUCACGGCCACCCCGACGCACGACGAGAAAGGGGAGGAGCGGUACAUCUGCUGGUACUGCUGGAGGACCUUCAAGUACCCCAACAGCCUCAAGGCCCACGUCCACUUCCACUGCGCGCUGAGCCACGGCCGGCCCUUCCUCCACCACGACCACGGCCGGCCCGCCGCCGCCGCCGCCUUCGGCCUCCCGCCCAAGGAGCCGCCGGCCGCCGCGCUGCGCGGCCACCCGCCCCCCGGCUGCGGCCCGCGGGAGGCCGUCAAGCGGGAGGCCGCCGCCGCCGCCACCUCCCCGCCGCUCGCCAAGCCGGGGCUGCCCAAGCGGCCGGCGGGCAAGGAGGAGCAGGAGCGCGCCCUGGACAUGAGCGUGGGGGCCGCCCGCGGGCCGGGCCCGCUGCUGGGGCCGGCGGGCGGCAACGGGCUGGCGCUCUGCCCCGGGGCGCGCUCGGCCUUCCGCCCCGCCGGGCCGCUGCGGGAGGAGGCGCGGGGCGCCGCCGCCCUCGGCUUCUCCAAGCUGCUGGGGGGGCUGAAGGCGGGGCGCGCCGCCGCCGAGGCGCCGCCCAAGUGCGGGGCGCUGCCGGGCGAGGCCGCCCCCCCGGCGGCGGCGGCGGCUGCGGCGGCUGCGGCGGCGGCGGCGGCGGCGGGGCUGGCGUGCGGCGGCGGGCUGCGCGCCUUCCCGCUGCUCUCCCCCCUGGAGGAGGCCUCGGCCUUCCGGCAGGUGGAGCGGGGGCUGCCCGCCGCCGCCGCCGCCCUGCCGCCCGCCCGCUACCCGCCGCUGCCCGGCGGCGCGCUGGAGCGCUUCGCGCUGCCGCCCUUCGAGGGGCUGAAGGCGUACGCGGGGGAGUGCGGGCUGCCGGUGAUGCCGCUCACCGUCUACAACGGGGAGCUGCUCUACGGCGCCGCGCCCUACUACCCGCUGAAGCUGCACCUCGGCGGCCUCCUCAAGUACCCCGAGUCGGUGUCGUACUUCGGGGGGCCGGCGGCCGGGCUGCACCCCGCCGAGCUGGGCUCGCUGGCCGGCAUCGACCGGGAGAUCGCCAUGCACACGCAGCAGCUCUCCGAGCUGGCGGCCGAGAAGGGCCGCGGGCGGCUGGAGGCGCUGCCGGCGGGGGCGGCGGCGGCGGCCGGCGGGAAGCCCAAGACCGGGCACCUCUGCCUCUACUGCGGGAAGCUCUACUCCCGCAAGUACGGGCUGAAGAUCCACAUGCGGACUCACACCGGCUACAAGCCCCUCAAGUGCAAGGUCUGCCUGCGGCCCUUCGGGGACCCCAGCAACCUCAACAAGCACAUCCGCCUGCACGCCGAGGGCAACACGCCCUACCGCUGCGAGUACUGCGGCAAGGUGCUGGUGCGGCGCCGCGACCUGGAGCGGCACGUCAAGUCCCGGCACCCGGGGCAGAGCCUCGGCAAGGCGGCCGAGGACAAGAGUGACUCUGGCUACGCGCACCCCGAGCAGGAGCAAAAGACUGACAACGAGAGCGACGUGGACGUCUGCUUCACCGACGACCAGAGCGACCCGGAGAGCGGCAGCAGGAACCGCGAGCAGUGAUGCAGGAGGCGGGCGCGGCGGCGGCGGCGGCGGCGGCGUGGGGCGCGAUGCAGCCCCCCCCCCCCUUACUCUGAGCUCCCGGCCUCCCGGGGCGGUCCCACGGGAGGCCGUGUCGCGGG